UGCGACACUUGCGAUAUUUACGACAUAUGAGUUGGUGCUGACUGUGAAGAUGCGAAUAUGUUUCUCAAAUUGACAUUAGUUUUAGUUAUUUUAGAAUGUCUUUCACUUCAUUCUAUGGCGUCGUUGUCCGAUGUGACAUCUCUGGUGUUUGGAGAUUCUUCAAAUGGAAUUGUUGCUGCCUUUGGCGACUUCGAUGCUGAUAAAUCAACUGAUAUUUUUGUCCUGUCAAAAGAUGGAAAAAGAUUGUGUUUACUUCUGGGUCAUGCUGAAGUAACGCCUACUGUGACAGAUAUUCCCUUCCUGAAUCGCACUGUUCUUGAGGCCAGCGACAUUGACCCUCUGACUGUCACCAGCGUGGUGCCAGCGGACUUCGAUGGGGACUCUAUGAUGGACGUGAUGCUAAUACUUCAGGAUACACGCCAGCCAACCAACUCCUUGAGUGUCAGGAUUUACUGGGGAAAUGGACUCAAUCUGGAUAGAAAAACCUACCUGAAUCUGAAUGAAACAUUAAGGGAUCAACCACAAGUUCUUGAUGCUAAUGGAGACAUGAUCCCUGAUUUGCUUGCUGAGUUCACAAACAAGUCUCGUGCUUUUUGGAUAUUCAGCAAGCACAGAAACUACACAGUGCAGUAUCUACACAACGGAACCUCCUCUGAAUUGCCUGAACUCCACGUCCCACAGGCAUCUGGAUUCCUGGACAUCAACCACGACAUGACGCCAGAUCUGAUUGUGAUGUCUCUUGACUCCCAGAUGAAAAAACAGUUUGAGAUCUGGAAUAAUACAAAUGGAGAGUUCAUUUGGAACCAAACAAUUCCUAUCCCUGAUGAAGCUGUAGAAGUAGGACAUCCAACAUUUGUUGACAUGAAUAGCGAUCAUCGCAUAAACAUUGUGUUACCAGCUUGCACAGAUGCUGCCUGUUCCUCGAGUAUGAUCUUUGUAUGGUCUCAGCACAAGUGGCACAAAAUGGGCGUAAACUUCAAAGAAUCAAAUGGCAGAACGUGGAACUUUGUACCAAUGGCAAAUCAACUUCCUCCCGUGAAUAUUCCCCCAAUGCUUCGUGCAGGGGAUUUAAAUCUCAAUUCCUAUCCCGACGCUGUCACCGUCCUGUCGACAAACACUAAAGGUAACAAGACAUAUGGAGCUUUUUUCCUGGAGAAUGUUGCCUGUUCCUCGGCAUGUGACGGCUUCUCACAGACGUACAGCAUCGCCUUCCACGCUCCCCUGCAACCCCUGGGGCCAGACAUGCAGCAGGUGUCGUUCUUCGACCUGCAGGACGACGGUGUGUUGGACAUCUUGGUUAACACCAUCAGUUCCAAGGAUGCACACAUCACAGCUCUCAGGCAGACUUUCUCUGAAGACGCCUGCUUCCUGAAAGUGCUGGUUGUCAGUGGAUUGUGCAAUGAAAACUGCCCAGAUGGACACAAGCCCUAUGGCGUGAAUCAAGUAGGUCCGGUUGUCCGAUUCACCACAACACGAGCUGAUGGUGACACACAGAUUGGAGUAGCCUCUCAGCUCACACAGACUGCCUACUUCUCCCUCCAACUUCCGUUUGUACAUUUUGGUCUUGGACAGAUGCCCAACUUUGUUGACAAGUUGGAAGUUGGUAUACAACACCCCAAGGACAAGCCUCCACGUCACAAGGAGUGGACUCAGCUGAUUCCAAACUCUCAGUUGGUGAUUAUCCCUUAUCCACUGGAUGAUCCAUCAUCGUGGGUGAACAUCCUGUUCCUGACACCGAGUCGGCUGGUUCUCCUGACGGGGGCAGCCCUGCUGGGAACGUGUGGGUUUAUAGCAGGAAUUGUGGGAAUUCUACACUGGAGGGAAAGGGCUGAAGACAAGAAAGAGAAACUACAAGAAGCUCACAAGUUUCACUUUGAUGCCAUGUAAAGUGCUUGUGAGACUGCCAACCACACACAGCUGACGUGACAGUUACUCAACCAGACAUCUUCCAGACAUCAUUUGACUUAGUUCAUGUAGCAACUACAGUAGAGUAUGACCACUAUAGAUCUAGAAGUAACAUGAAAUAAUUUGUUAGGCCAGAAAUCUACACAUUUACAGAGCAUCAAUAGACUCCUCCUUGAAGUAUUGUCAGACAAAUUUGUUGUCCUACCAUGUUUACAGUGCCUAUAGGAAACACUAGUCAACUUUGAAUAUGGUUAAUUAUGGGGCAGUGUUACGUGUAGCUGUAAAUCUGAUCGAAA